AUUUUAUGAAACGACAGAAAAGUUCAACUUUUGGUGAGAUAGCGCCAGCAAAGAGGAAAAGGAUACAUAAACGUAUAUCCGAAAGCGAUGACGAAGCCAACUGGUCAGGACAAGAAGACAACGUUAUAGGAGAAGAACUUGGUGACGUUACCCAAAAGAAGCCCAAACAGUCGGAACCACCCAGUCCCAAGGAAUCUAUUGUGAAGUCAAAGAAAUACUUUCAAAAAGGUCCUUGGAAGCACACCAUUUCACCCCCUAACAAAGGAAAGAAAGCUGUACCAACGGGUAGUCCUGAAAGUUUACAAGGACUUACCUUUUGUAUAACUGGUGUUUUAGAUUCUCUAGAACGCGAAGAAUGUACCGACCUCAUUCGUUCUUUAGGGGGAAGAGUAGUUUCUUCGCCCAGCAAAUCUGUUAAUUUUGCUGUAGUAGGGUUGGAACCGGGAGAGAGUAAAAUGGCGAAAAUUGCUAGUUUGAAGAUUCAAGUUAUUGAUGAAGAUGGACUGUUUGACUUGAUCAGGGCAAGGUCAACAGCAAACAUUUGGAAGGGACAAGUCGAGACCAAAACAAAAUUGGAGGAGACCAAACAAAAGAAGCCAACUAUUGAUAACAAUAUUGCUCAGAGUGCUACUUGUUCUGAAUUGUGGACAUACAAAUAUGCACCUUGCGAUCUGUCAGAGUUAUGUGCCAAUCCUGGGGCUAUCAAGUCAUUAAAAGAAUGGUUGGUUAACUGGAAAGCUGCUUCUUUAUCUCAGGAAGGCUCCAAAAACAAAGGAAAGAGUAGUCCCAAAGCAGUGCUUCUUUCGGGGCCUCCCGGAAUUGGCAAAACGACAGCAGCAUUAUUAGUAUCGAAGGAGUUGGGCUACUUUCCUAUGGAAUUUAAUGCAAGCGACACCAGAAAUCGUGCAAUUGUUUCUUCUACAGUCGGCUCAGUCAUAAAUAAUCAAACUCUCAAUCAAUUCGGAAAAGAUAAGACUACUAGUUCAGUAAUCAUUAUGGACGAAGUGGAUGGCAUGUCAGCUGGUGAUCGAGGUGGAAUUCAAGAACUCAUUCAACUGAUUAAGAAAACUUCGGUUCCUAUAGUGUGUAUCUGUAAUGAUGAUUCUAGUGUGAAAGUUCGGUCUUUGGCGAAUUAUUGUCUCAAGCUGAAAUGGAGACGUCCUUUGGCAAGUCAACUUCGUAGUCGUUUGUUGGAAAUAUGUAAAAAGGAAGGAUUUGAAAACGUGGACACACAAACCUUAGAAAAGAUCGUAGAGAGUUGUCAUGGUGACAUGAGACAGAUUCUCAACUUGUUACAGAGCUGGAGGUCGCACAGUAGAAAUUUGACUUACUCGGAUGUUUUGGAAAGAAUGAAACAGGACGGAAAGACUUAUGAAGAAAUGAGUAUUUUUGAACUGGUGAAAAGUCUUUUUUCUCCUGGAGAGUGGUUAAGUCGACGUUUGGAUAACUAUUUCAUGGAUCCAGAUUUGAUGCCUUUGAUGGUUGCAGAAAAUUACAUAAUUAGCAGAGAAGCGUCAGAUUUAAAGAAACUUGUUGAAGCCUCAACGAGCAUUGCAGAAGGAGAUAUUUUCAAUGAUUUGAUUCGUCGCCAACAAGCUUGGAACUUGAUGCCGGUACAAGCAUUAUUCUCUGGAAUUUAUCCUGGACAGUUGCUUCAGGGACCAUUUGGAGAUAUGAUUCACUUUCCUUCGUGGUUGGGAAAGAAUUCUACUCGCUCCAAAAACAAACGCUUAACCAUGGAGUUACAAAUGAGAAUGAGUAACAAUAUAUCGGGUUCUUUCCAUGCAUUCCUGUUGGAAUAUCUCCCUUGUUUGCGAAGCAUAUUAUCGGCACCAUUGGUGAAUAGCAAAGAUGGUGUUUCAGAUGUGAUAGAGAGGCUAGACGCAUAUUAUCUCUCCAAGGAUGAUUGGGAUACUUUGAUGUCAUUAAGUUUAGAACAAAAAGGUCACACUGAGUUGGAUAAAAUUCCAACUGCUACGAAAACUGCUUUUACGAGGGAAUACAACAGCAGAGAUCAUAGAGUUUCUACCGCUUCUGCCAUAAGAGUACAUAAAGUGAACGAAAGCGCUUUAGUGGAAGAAGGAGAGUCGAUGCAAGAGGAAACUGAAGUGGUCAAAAAGGAGGAAGACGUUCAAGAUAUGACUUUGCAUGAUGAGGAAGAGAUCGCUUCCAAGUUGGUUCGUUCGAAAGGACCAAGUUCCUCUUCGAAGGUAUCCAGCAAGAAUUCCAAAACGGUGGAAAAAGGUAUGAGGAAGAACAAAAAGAGCACGGGAAAGAAGUGAAGAAAAAGAAUGAAGAUUCAAUAUUUUCCAAGUUUGUAAUCUCUUAUUCGAGACUCGUUAUUGAACAAAGACACAAUUCAGACUCCAAGUCAAAUGGAAAAUCAGUAGAGUUUAUAAACAGGAUUGUUUUCAA